UGCGUGCGUGCGCGUGAGAGCCAACUAGUUGUUGGCUACCAGUAGCAUUAGCUUCCAUAGUUAGCGCCGCUUUCUGGAAACAUUUGUCCGGCACAGUCGCACCAAAGACGGCCACCAUGAGUGGGGACUCCCGUUAACGAAGCACGCCUGUCCGCCUGGAAUGUCAAAGAAGACCCUUUGAGGAAAUGAGAAGUUAGCCGUCCGUCAGUGAGAGGUGGGGGGAAAGUCCGGCUACAUCUUCUUCCUUCUGGCCAUCGCCUAGCCUGCUAGCAUCCUGGCAAGGAAAGCUCUGAGAUUUUGCAAGGACUGAUGCGGAAGAAGGAUAUGAGGCAAAGCUGCACGGCUAAAGCUAACUGAUCGCCCUUCUGGGAUCUCAACCUAACGAUCUUGACAGUGAGUGGCUACAGCAGGCCUAGCAUUAGCCUGCCAUCUACCUUCCUGCCCUUUUAAGCCAUCUAAUGAUAACUCUGCAUGUCAGCCGAUGAGUGUUUUCUCACACACUCCAAGGGUUGCCAAUGUACCACAAAGUCUCUCACCUGAUUACCCGUCAAGGAUUAAGCCGGAGCGUGGCAUCGUCUGUGCAGGGAGGGAGCACACGCAAGUGCCAGGAUGUGCAAAGACUCCUGACCUUUACUGAAGUGCACACACACUCGGGACACAGAACUCUCGACCCCCAUGAAACAGUCCCGCUUGAUCUGCCAUCACCAAUGGAACUGCCAUCAUAGACUCAAGACACUGUGGAUCCAACUCCACAGUUUUGUCGGCGACAGUGUUGGAGCGACUAUUUCAGCUGUGGGUUCCCCCUGAAGGAGGAGAGAUGGGCUCCCAAGCACUUCAGAUAUUACGACAGGGCGUGUGGGCCUCGCUUACCGGGGGGUGGUAUGUGGACCCUCAUCAGAGCACCUUCUCUAACUGCUUCCAUCUCUACCUGUGGAUAUUUCUGCUGGCCUUCCCCUUUCUGCUGUACAUGGCUCUUCCCGCCAGCUUGGUGGUAGCAGGCUUGUACUCUGCCGCAGUAGCCGUCUUUUUUACCGCCGUCAAAGUGGUCAACUACCGUCUUCACGCCAUGUUUGACCUCGGGGAGAUUAUCGAGAAGAAGCAGGCCUCGCUCUCUGCCGACGCUCCAAGGACAGAAGAAGGGGACGAAGGUUCUGGCGCGAAUGAUGGGAGUCAACCCAGGGAUAUCCAUGCUGGUGUGGAGAUGACGGUGUUUCGGAAGGUCAACUCCACGCCUCCGGUGCGGUGCAGCUCUCAGCACUCGUUGUUUGGACUCAACCAGGUGUCGGAGUUCUUACCCCAGCUUGAGGAUUCAGGGGGGACAAAGGAUAUGAAAGAGUUAUUGCGAGAACAGGGAAGCAAUAACGUGAUCGUUACCUCCGCUCAUCGCGAAAUGCUGCGGCAAAGUUCUCAGGACACCAUCAGAGCUCCGAGCAUGGUCCAGUCCUGCAUUGCUGCUGCCCUGGGAGGUAACUUCCCAGGUCUAAUGGGACUCUCCGGAAUGGCCUCCGGAUUUGGAGAACCAGGAGAAUAUCUGUCUGUACCCCCUUCACCUUCCAGUCAAGAAGAUGGAGGCGAUAAAGAAGCAUUGCAGGAGGUGGAGGCGCCUCAAAAGAUUUCCGAGGACAAUGGGUUAGCUUAUUCGCCCCUCAGCCCCUCUGCCGAGUCUGAGAGUCUAGGGGAAACCCCCCUGAGUCCUCUUAUAAAGAGUAGCUUAAGUGAGGAGCUGAGUGAAAAUCUUUUGGGUUUGGGUCUUGAUCCUGUGGUUUUUGUGCCUGGGACCGAGCACCCAGGUUGCCGCAGUGGGGUAGCUCUAGCUGCUGGAUCUACAGACAGCUGCUUCAGUGGAGGUGGAGCCACUACUGACCGUGAGACGCUGAGCACCGUAAGCAGCUACCGCAGUGAAAAGACGGAUUCCACUCAGCUUGAAAGCCCAUCUUUCAGCCAACCCAAGCCCCCGGAUGGACAGACGUCGACGCUGGCAGCGAGGGAUAAUGUCCCCAAGGCUGCAGAGAUCCCAGCAGGACAGGAUGGCAGUGACACAGAUAACCUGUCUGACAGUGUGCUGCUACGCUCACCUUCCAAAGAUGUCUCCCCCAGCCAGGCCCUUGACAGGACACUUGUUGAAGGAGACGAUUUACCGCCUGCACCCUCAGACAUCCCACAAGCUCCCAUUUUUCACAACUCUUCCCCUUCGAGUAGUGGCCACUCAGACGUUUGUGACUUAGACAGAACCGUCUCUGUUCCCCCCCUACCUCCACCUAGGCAAGCUACUUCUGUGCCCUCAGGGCUGGCUCUGGGUUCAGUGUGUUCCGAGCCCGCUCUACCCAUUUCCUCCACCCCCUUCCUGGUGUCAGAUCAGUCUGCCCAGCAGGUUGUGCGGCCCAAAGACUUGAAGCUACUGCGGGCCAGUGGCAGUAAUGUUGGCCACAGGCCAGGCCGGCGGAAAGCUCCUCGAAGACGAGCCGGCGCAGGAAGUAGUAGUUUUGACUGUGGUUCUUACAGGCGUCACCACAAUCAUAGACAGCACAGAGAUUACAUCCCUGUGCGCAACCGGCUCGGCGCCAAGGCUUACAGUGAAAGUCUCUUCGAGGAUUCCAGUGACGAGGACGAUGGCAGCGACAUGAGCGCAGCAUCCAGUCUGGGGUCUCAGCGCCGCUACAGCUCAGAUGAAGACGACUCCAGCUCCUCCACCUCCUGCUACUCCCCAGACCUUGUUAAUGCCGGCCCCGCAUUACCUCUGCCCGCGGCCGCUCAGCUGCCCACUCCGCUGGAAGAGGAUUUAGCCGAACCCGGUGGUCCUUCAUAUUCUCGUGCUGCUCAGCGCUCGUCGAGCACAGCCAGCGCUAAGACUCACGCCAGGGUGCUCAGUAUGGACGGAGCAGGUUCAAGUCAAAACAACGCAACAGCUCCGCCUUCUACUCUACACACCAUGCCAUCUACUUCCACACCUGCACCACGCACUCUCACCAUGUCCAAGUCUGACUUGGAGGCUCGCACCAUCCACAUGGAGAGCUUCCCUGGACCUCAUCAUCAUCGGUUGGAUUCUCUUGGAGGCUCUUGGACUGGCAACCAGAUGGGUUGGCGUGGAGGGGAGUUGACUGAGGAGGGGGCGGUGGGAGGAGCUCUGGCGCUGGAGGAAGGAGGCAAACACGACUCUGUCAGCAGUGUAAAGAGGACCCAGGCUAUCCGCAGGCGACACAAUGCUGGGACCAACCCUACACCUCCUCCUUCCACCAUGGGAUCCCCUCCCAGCCUCCAGGACCUACAAAGGGCUCGGACCUCCUCCCACUCGCGGACCCGCACCCUCCCGUCCGCCUUACAGUUUGCCUCAUCACUGCUGCUCCCCCGCAGCGGCAUCCACGAGGCCUCCACCUUUGACGACACAUCAGAGGGCGCCGUGCACUACUUUUUUGAUGAGAGCGGAGUGAAAAGGUCUUACACUUUUGGACCUGCUGGAGGAGGUUAUGAAGACCCAGUUCAGGAAAGGGAGAGGCAGUCCCAGUCCUCAAGCUUCACCUCAACAGAGGUCCAGGAGGGAGCCCCGGUCCUGUCCAUGCUGCAACCCAGACCAGUGGUCCUACAGGGCAUGCAGGUGCGAAGGGUGCCUCUGGAAAUACCUGAGUUUGACCUGGAUCAUGAGUCCUUGCAGGAGUCCCAAGAAAACACACUGAUGAUUGAGGAGAAAGCUAAACCCAAACAGUACUAUCGCUUUUGGGUGCUGCCUGGGAAGUGGUUGAGGGUCCGCUACGAUCGAUUAGCUCUUAUGGCCUUGUUGGACAGGAACCGGCGUGUUGGAGAAAACGUGUUUGCUGUUGUGCUGGCCAGUUUGGUGGCCUUUUUGGGGUUUCAACUGCUGCUCCAGGGCUUUUUCAGGGACAUCUGGGUCUUCCAGUUCUGCCUGGUCAUUGCAAGCUGCCAAUACUCCUUACUUAAGAGUGUACAACCAGAUGCAGCCUCUCCCAUGCAUGGUCAUAACUGGAUCAUCGUGUACAGUCGGCCUGUUUACUUCUGCUUGUGCUGCGUGUUGAUUUGGGUCUUUGACUUGUCCGGCCGCUCUAGCAGUGUGCAACCCGUCUCCCUGUACGGCGUCACCUUCUUCUCCGCACACUUCCUGCUUUGUGUCAGAGAUAUGCUCCUGGUGUUGGCCUUGUGUUUCCCAGUCAUCUUCCUGUUUGGCUGGCUACCUCAGGUCAAUACCUUUGUCAUGUGUCUGUUGGAGCAGAUCGACAUGCAUGUUUUUGGUGGAACAGCCACCACCAGCCCCCUCUCGUCUCUAUUCAGCCUCAUACGCAGCGUGCUGGUGGCCGCUCUGCUGUAUGGAUUUUGCCUCGGUGCCAUCAAUGCGCCGUGGGGGGACGCACAUGUGCCAGUACUGUUCUCUGUCUUUUGCGGCUUGCUGCUGGCCUUGUCCUACCACUUGAGCCGUCAAAGCAGCGAUCCCACCAUCCUGUUGUCAUUGGUGCGAUCCAAAUUAUUCCCCGAGUUGGAGAACCGUUCACCAGAAGAACCCCCUGUGGAGAUCAAGGACCCUUUGCCAGAGAAGCUGCGUGACUCAAUGAAAGAGAUUCUUCAUUCUGACCUUGUCAUGUGUCCCCUCAUGGCCGUAAUCACCUUCGCCAUCAGUGCCAGCACAGUUUUCAUUGCACUACAACCUGCUCUCAGCUUUGUCUUGUACAUCCUAGCGGGAGUUGUUGGCUUCAUUACCCACUAUCUCCUGCCUCAGCUCCGCAAACAGCUGCCUUGGUUCUGCCUGGCUCACCCUGUUCUCCGGUCCAAAGAGUACAGUCAGUUUGAGGUCCGAGAUGCUGCACAGUUGAUGUGGUUUGAGAAGCUGUAUGCGUGGCUUCAGUGUGUGGAGAAGUACUUCAUCUACCCUGCCGUCGUGCUCAACUCCCUCACCACGGAAGCACGGGCUGUGGGCCAGGACCAUAAAGAGCUGGACAUCUACAGCCGGGCGUUCUUCAUCUCAGUGGCUGGCAUGAAGUUGCUGCGGUCGUCCUUCUGUGCCCCGUCGCAGCAGUACGUCACGCUGUGCUUCACCACCCUUUUUUUCCACUUCGACUACCCACACUUUUCAGAGACCUUUUUAAUUGACUACUACUUUAUGUCCAUUCUUUUCAGCAAGAUGUGGGACCUGCUAUAUAAGUUACGCUUCGUUUUGACGUACAUCGCUCCUUGGCAGAUCACAUGGGGCUCGGCUUUCCACGCCUUCGCUCAGCCCUUUGCUGUGCCACACUCUGCCGUGCUGUUUGUGCAGGCCAUCUUUUCUGCCAUAUUUUCCACCCCUCUCAACCCCGUCCUAGGUAGCGCUGUGUUUGUUACCUCAUACACCCGACCUGUUAAGUUCUGGGAGCGGGACUACAACACCAAGCGAGUGGACCACUCCAACACCAGACUUGCCACUCAACUUGACCGUAACCCAGGUGCUGACGACAACAACCUGAACUCCAUUUUCUACGAGCACCUGACGCGCUCUCUGCAGCACAGCCUUUGCGGAGACCUGCUGCUCGGCCGAUGGGGCAACUACAACACCGGAGACUGCUUCAUCCUCGCCUCCGACUACCUCAACGCUCUGGUGCACAUCAUCGAGAUCGGCAACGGCCUGGUCACCUUCCAGCUUAGGGGUCUGGAAUUCAGAGGAACCUACUGUCAGCAGAGGGAGGUAGAAGCCAUCACAGAGGGCGUGGAGGAAGAUGAGGGAUGCUGCUGCUGCGAGCCCGGCCACUUGCCUCACAUGCUGUCCUUCAACGCCGCCUUCGGACAACGCUGGCUCGCCUGGGAGGUGGCGGCCACCAAGUACGUGCUGGAGGGUUACAGCAUCAGUGACAACAACGCCGCCUCCAUGUUGCAAGUGUUUGACCUCCGCAAGAUCCUUAUCACGUACUACGUCAAGAGCAUAAUUUACUAUGUGAGCCGGUCACCCAAGCUGGAGGAGUGGUUGGCUAAUGAGACCAUUCAGGAUGCUCUGCGACUGUGUCUCGGGCCCAAUUACGUGGACAGCGACCCCACCUUCAAUCUGAACAUAGACGAGGACUACGACCACAGAGCCUCUGGCAUCACGCCCUCCUCCUUCUGCAUGGUGUACUUGGACUGGAUCCAGUAUUGCAACAGCAGGCGUCAAGCGCAUGUGCCAAGUGAAAGAGAUUCUCCGUUAGUCAGUUUGUGUUUUGGGCUGUGCAUUCUGGGAAGAAGAGCGCUGGGCACUGCCUCCCACAGCAUGUCUGCAAGCUUGGAGCCGUUCCUCUACGGCCUCCACGCACUCUUCAAGGGAGACUUUCGGAUCACGUCUCCUCGCGACGAGUGGGUCUUUGCAGAUAUGGAUCUGUUGAAUCGAGUGGUGGCGCCCGGAGUGCGGAUGUCCCUCAAAUUGCAUCAGGACCACUUCACAUCCCCGGAUGAGUAUGAGGACCCCGCGGUGCUGUAUGACGCCAUCACCGCCAACGAGGAGAAGAUGUUGAUAUCGCACGAGGGCGACCCGGUUUGGCGCAGCGCCAUCCUGGCGAACAUGCCCUCGCUGCUGGCGCUGCGGCACAUCAUGGACGACGGCAGCGACGAGUACAAGAUCAUCAUGUUGAACAAGAGGUUCCUCAGCUUCCGGGUCAUCAAGGUGAACAGAGAGUGCGUGCGUGGGCUGUGGGCGGGCCAACAGCAGGAGCUGGUCUUCCUGCGUAACCGUAACCCAGAGCGCGGCAGCAUUCAGAACGCCAAGCAGGCCCUGAGGAAUAUGAUCAACUCGUCGUGCGACCAGCCCAUCGGAUACCCCAUCUACGUCUCCCCCCUGACGACGUCUUACGCAGGCGCUCACAUUCAGCUGCGCUCCGUGUGGGGCGGGCCUGUGAGCCCACACAACAUCUACAACUGGCUCAUCAGCAGCUGGGACAGGAUGCAGAAAGGAUGCGGCGCCGGUUGCAACAGCGGAGGAAACAUCGAAGACUCGGACUGCGGCGGCGGCUCGACAUCCAUAAAUACCAACGCCGCCAUCCACACCACACAGAGCACGCCAGCCUCCAGCCUUCCUCCGCCACACAUCACCACGCUGCAACCCUCCUUGGGUACAGACAACCCAGUCGGUCCAAGCCAGAACUGGCCUCACCAUCCCCAACCACUCCCACUGGCCCUGCUCAGCCAAUCAGAGGGCAGGAUGGAGGCGGGGUUGCUGUCCUCCCACCACCACCACCACCACCACCACCCCACCCACCAGCGUCCAUCUUCCAUCCAAGGCCUGCUGGGUCAACAACUGUCGCACUCCCUGCUCUCCUUCAGCGGCUCAGUGGCUCCGCCCCCCCUGCCGGUGCCCGAACGUUUUUGCGCCGCCAGUUUCCUGGAGAACUCGGGCCACAGAGCGGGCCAGCGGGCUGGUCUCGCCCAGGGCAACGUUCUCCACCUGGAGAGCCAUUUCGGGAAGUGGAGUUUUUCCGGCAGGAAGGGCUUCAACGGGCCGGCGGCAGCCGAGGGCGACGCGGGAAGCGUCCACACCAUUCGCACGCAGCUGCCCCCGCCCGACCCCCCACAGGACGCCAGUCCCACACAAGAUCCACUCGGAGCGACUCGGGCGGCGGAUUCCUGCCUGCUGAGCGCAGGAGACGCCGUCGCCCCGCCUGACCAAUCCACAGAGCUGCCUUUACUUGAGCACCUGCGCUGAUGAUGGACACGCCCUCCCCUGCCUCAGCCCCCUCCCACACACUGGACGGCGCCCCCUUCACGACUCAUUCUCUCCAUCUUAGAAUCCGACAGGUUUUUUUUUUAAUCAGCCCACGUAAACAAAACAACACUUUUUUUUUUUUUUCUCCCAGCCUGAGAGCACGUUGCACGUCUGUGUGUGUGUGUGUGUGUGUGUGUGUGUGUGUGUGUGUGUGUGUGUGUGUGUGUGUGUGUGUGUGUGUGUGUGUGUGUGUGUGUGUGUGUGUGUGUGUGUGUGUGUGUGUGUGUGUGCGUGUGCGUGUGCGCUUACAGGCCAGGAAGGCCAGUGCAAUCGUAAGGGAUCUUUUUUGUUGCCAUUUUGCUGGAGGAUUGUUGACUCGUCUCAACUGGAAGAUAAAAAGAUGAGCUCCAUAAGAAGCCUUGUUCACUCUCUCUCUCUCCACUCAGUCGCUCGCCCUCCACUUUCAAAACGCCAAGAAAGUGAAAGUUGGUCACCCAACUGUCAUGGCGGCAACACUUCCUCGCCAGCCGCCACACGCUGCUUGUUUACCAUCUUUGGACGCAGCUUGGUCGCUCUGCGACUAAUCGGGAGUGAAGCCUUUUUUUUUCUUUUUUUUUAACUUUAUAAACCAAUCAGAGACAUCCAAACACGUGGGAAGGGGAGGGGCUACUUUCUGCUCACUGCUGCGACCCUGCCCCCAUACUAACUCGCAGACAAAGUGACUUGUAUUAGUACUACUACUCUACUACUACUACUUUAAUCCAGCGUUUUAGUUGGAAAACUGGAAAAGAAAGUGGAAUAUUUAUUGGAGGACUUUGGUCUUAUUGGGAUUUAUUUAGUGUGUAAGAUGAUACUUUCAGUUUGUUCCUGUUGCAUCAUCUCACCGUGUGUGCGUGCGUAACUGGAAGUACUGUGAGAAGUCACCUUAAGUUGCUUGCUUUGCUUCCCACAUCCUUGUUUUGGUUGCAGAUGUCACAGCAGCACACCAAUUAGGCUUUUAAUAAGCCCCGCCCAUCACAUGAUUAGCAAUCCAAAAAAAAAAAAAUCUCUUUGAAAGCUUCUCUUUUGUUGCACAAUUUAAAGCAAGUUAUCUCUAAAGGUGUCUUUUGUACUGCUAAAAUCUGAAAUAGUCAGAACUUCCACUAAAAGGUAAAUUUGAAGGCCCACAGUCUCCCACAGGAAUCCCAAGUAAGAGCAGGGCCCGUAUUCUCCCGUUUAAAAUUGUUCAUGAAUUAGUACAUUAAGGCCCAUAUUGUUGUAAAAUCCCAAAUAGUCCAAAUUUACGCUAAAAUCCCUGUCAAAUUUGUAAGAGGCCCAUAUUCUCCCAAAUUGUCCACAGUCUCUUACUAGAAUCCCAAGUAGCUGGAAUGGUGCAGGGCCCCUAUUCUUCAGUUAAUAUUUUCUGGAAGUUGGAACGUUACAGCCCAUAUUCUCCUAAAAACCCAAAUAGUCCAAACUUCCACUAAAAUUCCAGUCAAAUUUGUAGUAGGCGGAAUGUCGAAGGCCCGCAUUCUCCCACAGGAAUCCCAAGUAGCUCAAACAUUGAGUGUCCAGAGUCUCCUGCUAGAAUCCCAAGUAGCUGGAACGGGGCAAGGGCCGUAUUCUCCUGUUAACAAUCUCUGGAAUAUAGAACACAUAUUCUCCCAAAAUCCAAAAUAGUCUAAACUCCAAUUAAAAUUCCUCUAAAAUGUGUUGUUAGUGUAAUUUUGAUGGCCCACAUUCUUCUUCAGAAAUCCCUAUAAAACACAAAGUAGAAUGUCUGUAAUCUCCUACUAAAAUGCCAAGUAGUUAAACAUUGGCUGCCCACAUUCUCCAGCUAAAACCUCUCUUAAAUCCCAGGUUGCUGAAACCAUGUUGGGCCCUUAUUCUCCAUUUUGAAGUACCAAAAAGAUGGAACAUUUGAGAGCCAAAUUUUCAUGUUAAUAUCCCAAAUAGUUCAAUGUUGGCUGCCCAUAUUCUCCUGCUAAAAUCCCAAAUAGACAGAACUUCGACCGCUCGCAUACUCGCUCUAAAAUCCAAAGUAGCUGGACUAUCAAGGAACUGUAUUUUGUUUCCAAAAUCCCAAAUAGCUGAUUGAUAGCCCACAUAGCUUCAAUGUUUGCAGCCCGCAUUCUCCUGCUAAAUGUCUCUUAAAUUGCAGCAAGUAGAUUUGUUGUUGCUGGUAACCCACAUUUUACUGCUAAAGUCCCAAGUCGUCUCCUGCCAUCAGAGCCACUGAAAUCCUAAAUCGCAGAACUUUGGCGGCCCACAGUCUCCUGUAAGAAUCACAGAAAAAUCCCAAAGUAGUCAAAAUGUUGAUCUCGGCUUAAAUGUGUCUAAACACUGGCAGCCCUCAUUCUCCCUCUUCAGUUCCAAGUUACCCUCCUGACCUUCGUCGCCAGUAAAAUGUUCUUUUUUUGUGUGUGCUUGCAAAAAGCAAAGCACAAGUCAGAGCGUCGGUUUAAAUAUCAGCUUCAAAAAGGGAUUUGAUCAUCUCUGCAAUGAUGUACAGCAUGUGUCAUAUAUAAAUAUAUAUUUCAAAAAAAAUAAAUCUAUUUUAUUAUGAUUGGAAGUCCUGGGUUGUUUUCCGUUUAAGGCACUAAGUCAGAGGGUCCGUUUGAGGUGAGUUACUGGAGAAAAGCUUCACAUUUGAAAUGUGCGGUGGGAAGAUUUCUUUUUCUUUUUUUUUUGCACCAAGACAUCUGCUUUUAUUUGAGUUCUUCUGGAAAUGGUUUCUUUUAUUUAAGUCAAUGUUCUGUACAGUUUUUUAAGUGAUUUUUCCCUCCUAUUUAAAUUAAAGGUUUUUGUGUCCUUGUUUGCAAA